AUGGCUCUAUCACUGUCUUCCACCUUAGCAGGCGGAUCUGGCUACCCAGAGCUACGUAGUGCAUCCACUAAUAGGAUGAUUAGUCCACAGGAGCUCACCUUGGGGGAUGUAGUUUUGAUGCAAAAUUCGAAUGCAAAGAGGCUAAUUGGCCGUAAAUUCAAUGAUCCAACUGUUCAGAGUGACAUAAAACUAUGGCCAUUCAAGGUCAUUCCUCACCUCACCGACAUCAACAAGCCUAUGAUAGUAGUGACCUACAAGGGAGAGGAGAAACAUUUUUCAGUUGAGGAGAUCUCCUCAAUGGUGCUAUCAAAGAUGAAGGCGUCUUGCACCAAGGAUGCCGGAACUAUUGCUGGCCUCAAUGUUGUAAGGAUCAUCAAUGAGCCUACUGCUGCAGCCAUUGCAUACGGUCUAGAUAAAGGUGGCAAUGUGGCUAAGAAUGUGCUGAUUUUCGACCUUGGUGGUGGCACGUUCGAUGUGUGUGUGGCCAUGGUUGAUGCAGAUAUCAUUGAAGUGAAGGCUAUUGCGGGCGAUACUCAUAUUGGGGGGCAAGAUUCUGACAGUAGGAUGGUGGAUCAUUUCGUAAAAGACUUUGAAAGGAAGAAUGGUAAGGAUAUUAAUAUGAAUCCGAGAGCUAUUAGGAGAUUGAGGAGUGCUUGUGAAAGAGCCAAGAGGAUUGACGCCCCUAGUGUUAGUAAUCUAUGCUUGUGCCACAUGGGAAAACUUAUGUGA